AUGUUUAACCUCGGAGACACCGACCAAGCAAUAGUUGACCAGCAAAAGAAGUUGCUGAGCACCACGCUUGACCUGUAUGAGAAACAACUGCGGAACCAACAGUAUCUGACUGGAAAGAAUUACAGUCUCGUUGACCUCUUUCACGUCCCCUGGUUAGGGUUUCUCCGGAAUCGAUUGCAUCUUGGAGAGUUUAUCGACUCGAGGAAGAAUGUGGCAGAGUGGGCUGAUCGCAUAAGUCUGCGAAAGGCAUCAAAGGCUGUUUCAGCCAACGCCGCUCAGCAUUAG